GGGACGCUGUUGACGCCACGGAGACGUUUUCCCUUUGAACUCUACUUCACGCGAAACAUGCAUAGAAUCAGACGGAACAGAUACCACCCUCAAAGCAUCAUUCGAUUCCUUACAAGACAUGUGGAUCAAAUUUAUCUGAGAUAGUCCAGGAGGGGUUGGCCAGGCACGUGUAUGAUUAACCAGGACAUCAACCCUGGAUAAGCUCCAACAAUGUAUCCACCCACUUGAUUCAAACGUGUGGCGUCGAAUCCAUUGGACUGCGCCUGGAAACAACAGUCGCAGCUGGAGGCGAAUGCGGCUGGUCGCACAGGUCCCAUCCUUGGAGGAGCGCUUCCUUCAUGCGUCUCAUAUCCCUACUACGCGAAGUGUCGACACUACCAGGCAGAAUAGUCUCGUGAAGCCAAUCGUCCGUUGCGGUGCACUCGUACAACUUAUAGGAAGCCGUUUAUCUCUAUACAAGUUGCUUUUUCAAAAUUCUUUGUGAGCAAGCUUCGCUGGCUGGAUAUUUGCGAAACCUCUACUAGUACCGAAAACAGCAGGAAACGGAUGGAUGUGUUGCAGCUUUCUUUACGUACCACCCUGGAGGCGAUGUAGGAUUUACGCCUGAGUGUAACCGACCAUAAGGAGAAAUACAGGGAUCUAAAAUCACAGACGAAGUCUGUAUGACGAGAUGAACUCCUGGAAUGUAACAACCACAAACAGCCCCAGCUUGGUGACGGUUGAUACGACAAACAACUUUGCUGUUGGCCCCACGGACGGCCUGCCAACCGAGGAAUUUGUCUUCAGCUCGGCAGCCAAGAUUGCAUUGACUGUGGUCAUCUCCGUGGUGGCAGCGACGGGAUUAUUCGGCAACGCCAUGGUCGUAUUCAUCGUCAUCCGCUACAAGGACAUGCACACUGUCAUCAACUACUCAUUUGCUAAUCUAGCCCUGACUGACAUGACUUUGCUACUGUUGGACGCCGUGCCGACCGCUGCAGACACAGCUGGGAUCAACCUGUCGGCCCUUCUUGGCUGCAGAGCACCUAUUUAUCUACAAUUCGUUACUGCUGAGGUGACUAGCCUUACACUAGCCUUUCUCUCCUAUGACCGUUACCGUCACAUUUUGCACCCACUGGAAACCCUCCAUCAGCGAUCGUCUGGAACAUUGCUGAAAAUAUUUCUCUCCAUAUGGCUAGUGUCCUUCGUGGUACAGAUCCCAUCCGUCCUGUUCGCCGGUUUGACGGCAGAGGGCGCAUGCUCUGAGUACAACGCCCCCUGGGGCCAGCAGUACUUCUUCUCCUACAUCUUCCUCUUCGCGUACAUCGUUCCUUUUAGCAUCAUCGUGAUGUGUUACCUCAGGAUUGGCCGGAAGAUGCGUGAAGCCGGUCUGCCAAGUAGUCUGACAGCCAAUAGACGUAGGCGCACAGUUAACAUUACCCUGACGGUCAUUAUCUUGUACGCCCUCUGUUGUGCGCCAGUACACAUCGUUCAUAUGUGGAUGGCCUUUGACCCAGAAGUUACACCCAAGAGCCCGAGGUACGUAGAGCUGCAUACCGUAGCCAACGUCGUGAUGUUUUUCAACAGCAGUGCCAACCCGUUCGUUUACGCCCUCAUCGGUCAGUCAUUUCGCAAACAUAUGAAAGGUAUGGUGAAGUCAACCGCAGAAUGCCACAUGAAAUGUGUAGCGCCUAACCCGAGAAUUAAAAGCCGGCAGAGUGAAACUGAGCCCCAGACAGCUCACAUAUCAUCAAAGCAAACUGUCUGGUCAUCAGAAAACUCGCUCUCAACCUGGCUGUAGGCUGACGGAUCACGCCAGUGUGUAACGCAAAAGGAUGUAAUUAUGUAUGGAUACCAAACAUAUUUUCUUACAAUUUAAUGACUUUUGUCGAAAACUUAUGAAUAUUGCUUUCUACUAACUUGUAUAUUGGCAGUGUAUUUUUAAGCACCUUUAAAUGCUAUAAGGGAACAGUUCCCAACGUUACAUGUAUCUGGAUUCUGUUCGUGCUCACCACAUCAGUCUCCAGUAGUUAUCCCCCGUCCUAGCGUCGCUCGCGGAGCCCGGCCCCGGAGCACCGGCACCUGGGAUGGGCUAAAUCCCUUCCACAGAAUUUGGUAAAGGAAGUAUAGUAUGCUAAAAAGCAUUAUGGGUCGGUUGCUACCUUAACCAAUGUUGUUGCCUUAAUCGUGCACGUGUCAAGUGCACUCGGAAGUGUUAACCCGUGGAGCAGGUCAAACAUCCGAUCCAGUGAGUGCUCGAAGAAAUUUUUGCGUCAUGCAUCUUGAUGUGAUUACCUCAUCCCCAGGGUCCUGGGGACGAACCAAUGAAGGUAUUGCUGGUGGUGCUCAUUUCUGCUCGUCCUCAUAACUAUCCCAAUGCAUAAUUGCGUUAACUUUGGCAGAGCACGAGAAUGCAACCACCCUAAAGCACGUUCCAGGCGGUUGCGAUACACCCUAACGCAUACGACAAUCUCGUUUCCCCACAGUUGAUAUUAAUAGAGGGGUUGUCAGCCAGUGCCAUCUGCCCUUGGCGCUCGUCUCCAUGGUGUCGUCACGGUAUGCUUUAGAAAUAAUGAAUUAUAAACCUAGGCUUAUUUACACACGGCAUACAUCGUAGGGUGCGAUGAUUGUUGUUUGGAGAGGAUGGGCACGAAGAACUGUUAAUACAUUUACUUCCUUAGUUGUUAAUGGACUUGAUACAAAAAGAAUAACUGGUUCCCCAAAAGGAAAACAAACAUGAUUCCAGUAUUUAGCACGAUUUAUUAAAAAUAAUUUCAGGCUAUUCCCCGCCUUUCAUCCCCACUUCUCUGUGUUUUAAUAUAUUGCCUGUAACGAUUUGCGUGUCUUUGAAAACUUCUCGCUGUCUUAAUUCCACUUGGUAUUUACCAAAAUCUCCUGCUUACCUACUUUCGUAGCCAUCAAUAUCUUCUCGUCGUUCACGAUUAGUAUUGUUCAUGUUUCAAGGAAAUAAACGCUGAGAAAUUGAA